AUGGAAGAAUGGAAAACUAUGUUUCGAGAUAUUUAUGGAAGAUCACCGACUGCUGCUGAUAUUGAAAUUGCACCAAAUAAUAUUAAAAGUGAGUUUUUUAUUUCAAAUUCUUUUUUUCACCAAAAACAAUUUGUUCUAGGUUGUCUGAAAGACAAAAGUGUGCCGAUUCCAAAGUCGCCAAUCAAAAAAGGGCCUUUGAAGCGAAAAAAUAUUGAGAUGAAAAUGAUGGAAGGAGAACAAUUCAGUCCGAUAAAGAAAAGGAUGGUAAGUUGAUUUUCUCUUUUGAAAUUUAGACUUUUAGUUCAAUAAAUUAUAAAAUUUAGAAUAUAAAAAUGGAUACUCCGACAAGAAAAUUAUUAUCAUCUCCAAGUCGAAAAACCAACAAUUUUUUCGACGAUUCACCUGCUCGAUCUUCUCCAAAACGUGUGAAUUUCUCAACUCCUGGAAAUGCCAAAAGAUUCGAUCUUUCCGAUUUUUCACCAAUGAAAACAUUUUCGGCGAAAAAGGUUUCUGUAACACCUAUCAAAUCACCACAAAAACAACCAUUCAAACGGAAUCUUUCUAUGAAAAAGGUCAGUUGAUUUUUAUUUUUGGGGUAAAGGCGAAUUAUGAAUUUCCGGUAAUUUUUGAUUCGGAUAUAUAUUUUUGAAAAUUGGCCGCAUUAUAUUUACUGAAAUUUGAUUUUAUUGAUGAACUUUAUUGGAACAAACGGUUGAUAUUUUUCUAUCAAGUUCCAAUUUCUAUUUUAUUUUGUUUGUUUUUUUUCUGUUUCUUUUGGUUUUUCGGAGUCGAAUUUUUACCACAGCAAAAGAAGAAAAAAAUCCAAAACAUGUAAAAAUUUUGCAUUUCUUUCGGAAAAAAAACAUUCGGAAGCCCGCAAUUCGGCGGAAUGGUUAAACGGUUCAAGAAUACUGAAAAUUUGCAUUUUGAGAAGAAAAAACUGAAAUUCAAUAAAAAUAGAAAACCUUUUGGAACUCGCAUCUCAAAUUCUGAAAAAUCUGUCGAUCUGCGAAUGUCAAUAUUCCUAGCAGAAUUUAUCAGAAAACUUCCAUAUAUUCCAUUUCCCUUUUGAGAGUUAUUUCUUCAUAGACACAAUUAUAUUUCCUUGCUGUUUUUUUUUCAAAACUUCAAUCGAACAUACAUAAUUUGUUUGAACUUGAAGGUCGAUCCCUUUUUUUUGUUUCCCUGAGAAAAAGAAGAGGUUAAUUUAAUCGCAUUUCGUUUCGACACAAUCAACAUUUUAUUGUUUUUUCGCUGAUUUGAUUGAAUUUGGAAUGAGAGAGAAAACACAAAAAGAUGAUAGCAUAAUGUAGUUUCUGACAGUUUUGAGAACUAAACUGACAUUUUUGUAGUAUCCCUAUAAGGUUUCAAUAUAUUUUAUAAUCAUGGUUGAUCGAUUUUACAUCAGAUUCAUUUUCAUCCAUCCGUAAAUUAGUAAAAAGAUAUGUUACGGGAUUAUAUAAUAAGAAAUGAUACAAAUUAAAAAUGACACAUUCUCUUCUUUUUUUAUAUCUUGAUAUUAGUUUUUGUAGUGUAGUAUUUGAAACCCCUCGAAACAAACAAAUGUUAUUGAUGUAAAAUGUGGAAAUGUAAUUAUAAAAAGUUGGAACUAUUGAUUUGACGAAUCAAAAUAGUUUUGUUUCCAGUCCAUUGAACAUAGAAAGUAUUGUAUCAUAGUUGUUCUCUCGAAACAUAAUAUUACUAUUCCGGUUUUUGAUAUCUGUGAAAAUGCGAUUAAUAGUUUUUGAAACUGUAUCGAAUCAAAAAAGGGUGUUAUUAUGAAAAAAAAAAACAUUCCGACAUUUGACACCAACUCGAAUAAUGGAUGGGAAAUUAUGAAAGAAUGUUCUUGAUCUUCAAUCAAAAAAAAAGAACACCUUUGAUAUCAUCAAGGAAUUACGGUUAAAAAGUAGAAGCCAUAUCUACGAUAAUAGGCUGAAUGGAAGAAAAAAAGUUAUGCAAUAAUUUUUUCCACAUUUUCUAGACGUCUGCAAAUCGAAGUGUUCACAAAUUCCUCAGUUCGAAGUUUUUCUCUCAUAUUAUCCCUCACCCCUUGAAGAAUUCACCAUCAAACAGUGAAACUGUUUUCUUUCCCUUACAGAUGUUUUUCUUUCUCGAUUCGCACGGAAUUUAUAUGAAAAAGGGCAAUCCAAUAAAAUAGUCGAAUAUUACUAUUUUGGUCAACAGAUGCUUGACAGAUGUCGAGAUAUUUUGUUUCACGAAUCUUCUACAAAAGUGACUUUUUUUUAUGAUCGAACCAGUUUGCAUCAUAAAAUAGUUAACGAGUUAAUGGAAGUGAUCUAUAAAUCAAUAUAGCACUGAACAAUUUCAAAAGUUUUGGAUGAAUAGUAUCGAAAAGAUAGAUGUAUUUAUUGCUUCGAUUUAAUUGUCGAAAUUAAAUUAAUUCCCUUUCAUUCAAAGUUUUGUUUCACACAUCAUCGAAAUUUUCUGGCAAAUUAACUUUUUGUUGAAUUAAUUUGACCAUAAAAGGUCGUUUGUUUGCAAAACAAGUUCAAACAUCACUCAAUCAUUUCCAAAAAUUCAACAAAUCAAAUAUUUGUUUUUAUUCAGGAUCUUGAAGUACUUCUUCUUCCAACUCCUGAAAAAGUCGAACCAAAGUAUGAUGAUUUUGAUGAUGAAACAACGGAAGAAGUUGCGGCAUCAAAACCAGCUCGAAAAUUGAAUCCUGAUGGAAAUAUCAAGAAAAGUUCGAAGGGAGAUCAGAACUUCCAAAAAAUCAAUUUGAGAAAGAAACAAUUUGUGAGAGGAAAAGUAAGAGUUUCAAUUAAAACAACGAAAAUAAUCUUUGAUUUUUUCAGGUAACCGCCGAACAAAAACGAAAGUUCAAACGGAAACAAAUGUUCAAAAGAAAAUAA